AUGGCCAACUCCGGGAUUCAGCUGCUGGGCUUCUUCCUGUCGCUAAUUGGCAUCGUUGGUCUGAUCAUCGGGACCAUCCUGCCGCAGUGGAAGAUGUCCGCGUACAUCGGGGACAACAUCAUCACAGCGGUGGCCAUGUACCAGGGACUGUGGAUGUCCUGCGCCUUCCAGAGCACCGGACAGCUCCAGUGCAAAAUCUACGACUCCAUCCUGCAGCUCGACAGUUCCCUUCAGGCCACUCGAGCCUUGAUGAUAGUGGGCAUCAUCGUGUCCAUCGCCGGUCUGGGUGUGGCCUGUAUGGGAAUGAAGUGCACCACCUGUGCAGGGAGCGACAAAUUACGCAAGUCCCGCAUCGCCAUGACAGGAGGCAUCAUCCUACUGGUGGGAGGGCUGUGUGCCAUCGUGGCGUGCUCCUGGUUUGCUCAUAAUGUGAUCCGGGCUUUCUAUAAUCCCUACACUCCAGUCAACACCAAGUUUGAGUUUGGCGCGGCCAUCUUCAUCGCCUGGGGCGGCUCCCUGCUGGACGUCCUGGGUGGAGCCAUGUUGGCCGCUUCGUGUCCGCGGAAGAAGCACGUAUCCAAGUACCCGUCCAUGGCGGGGUCCCGCUCCGGCCCGCCGAGCAGCACUAAAGAAUAUGUGUGA